AUGACAUCCUCAUUGUCUGUGACAGGAUAUGAAGAAUUUAAAAAUAUACUAAAUAAUUAUGGAAAAGAUAAGCGGAUUUUUCUGUUAUUUUCUGGUUCAAAAGAUGAUCAAGGAAACAGUUGGUGUCCAGAUUGUGUUGUAGCAGAAAAGCCAGUACACGAAACGGUCAAAUCAUCAUUACCAUCGAAUGGAAUAUUUAUUGAAUGCUCAGUCGGCGAUCGAGCAAGCUGGAAGAGUCCGAAAAGUCCAUUUCGAACAGAUUCACAACUUCGACUAACAAAUAUUCCAACUUUACUUGAAUGGGGAACGGCUAAACGACUUACUGAAAGUCAAUUACUCGAUAUAGGAAUGAUCAAGAUACUGUUUGAAGAAGAUUGA